GACAAACAAAUAAAAGUUCCUCUUUUCUCUCUUUUAGGUCUCUCUUGUGAAGCAGUAAAAUGAUCUUAAGAAACUUUUUGUUUGGAUUGUUUGUUCUUCAUUUUAUUCUGAAAGUAUGGGCAUCACCAAAAUUUAAUACAGUGAAUGGCCUUGAUGUGGACGGAAACAAAUGUCCAUUGCCUACCUAUUAUUCAUAUCCUUGUCCUGAACUUUGUGUGCGUGAUAUUCGCCAAUGUCCACCAGAUAAUCAACCACCACCAUGUCCUGACGGCACCACUUACUGUGUAGAUGGCCAAUGUCGAGAGAAGUGUGAUGCAUCGCUUGUAUCUGCAUGUGCAUGUCCUGGCGCCCCUGUUUUGGUCGGAGACAUCUAUUCUUGCGGUACCCACCACCUCCGUACCAACAUUGAAAACUUUGUAGUUGAAAACAAGGCGAAUCAAAGUGCAGAAACAUGUGCUAAAGCAGCUAAUUUGACGGGUAUUCCCAGCUGGUCUCCUAAUCCAGUCUCUUCCAUGUGGCAUGAAUGUCCCACCCCGGAUUAUGGUGUACUCACAUUUACAGAACCUGUGUUUAUUGCUCUUUAUGUGUUUUAUGGGUCUUGUUUUGCUUUGAUCAUCUUGUGGACUUUGUAUAAACACUCUAGAGAGAAGUUUAUCAAGGGGCAUUUCAAUAGAGUCAAGGAAUACUGUUCAGAAGAAUACAACAUGCCAAAAGAAAAGAUGUCUAAACAAGAUAUCGAAUUUUGUGAGGAUAGUACCAAUGAUAAACUUUCUUCUGUGGAGAGCGAUAAAAUGACCGUUUACACUUACAAAUCAGAUGUACUGGGUACAAUGGCUGCUUAUGUAUUUUUUGCUCAGACUCUAGGGCAAGUGGCCUAUAUGAUUUUGAUGACUCAAGACUAUUACACAAAUUUUGCUUUAUUUCGAGGCUACAGUGUGGUCCAAACAAGCGCCUUUAUGGGCAUGUGGUACAUCUUUUUUUUCUGGUUUACUGGCUUGACGCUAUUCCGAUUUAGGAUUGCCAACUUUUUUAGGAUCAGAUCUACUUAUGCAGAAGGCCAAUAUGUUCAAAUUGAGACUCAAGAGCCUACCUUGAUUCUGUUAGAAAGUCAACCAAAUCGUCUGUUAGAUAUAGUCAGAUACUUGGAAAAGACAGCCAAGCAUUGGGUAGGAUUGGAUGUCGUGGUAACUAUUGCACCCCUUAAGCUUACUUCCAGUGGUACAAAAUAUUUUGUUUAUCAAUGCACACGCUAUGUCUAUCAUCCCGAAACAGAAUUAUUCUUGCCACACCAGUAUCAUGUAGGGGCAACACAUGCACAGCUUGCCAGCUCAACUCAAGGUCUUACUUCAACCGAGGCCUCUUUAGCAGCAGAAUUAAUUGGGCCUAACUUUAUUGAAGUUUAUGUGCCUAAUUUUAUUGUGGCCCUUUUUCAGGAAUUUUCUUCGUUUUUCUAUAUCUAUCAAUUUGUUAUUCUAUGGUUGUUUUAUUACCUUGCUUAUUGGCAAGUGGGCAUUGCUGAUACAGCUGUUAUUCUUGUCUCUGCUCUAGUCAAGGUUGUACUUCGUCUUCGUUCUGAAAAACGUAUCAAGGCCAUGGCAGAAUUCGCAGAUCGUGUUCGUAUCUUGCGUGACGGUGAAUGGAAAGACAUGUCUACUGCUGAUCUUUUGCCUCACGAUGUAUUUAUCGUCUCGGAAGGCAAGACAACGCCUUGCGAUGCUGUCAUUUUAACAGGCCAUAUCGUCGCUGAUGAAAGCUCACUUACAGGCGAACCUUUACCGAUCCGUAAAUUCCCUCUAUGUCAAGACGACAUGCAGACCAUCUAUGAUCCAUUAGGUAGUGGUAAAAUAUCGACUAUUUUUGCAGGCACCACAAUUUCUCAAGCACAAGCCACUACAUCCGAUGGAUUGGUGACAGCGCUGGUGAUGCAUACAGGCACGGCGACAGAUAAAGGCCAGCUUGUCAAAAAGAUUUUGUUCCCGAGUCGAGUCUCUUUUAUUUUUGAUGAGCAAAUUAAGGUUGUCAUUCUUAUUUUAUUGUGCUGUGGAUUAGUAUGUUUAGGAUUAGCUCUUUGGUUAUAUGCUGCAGGAACAAGUGCUUGGUUUUACUCCAUGUUUGCUAUUGCUCAACUUGUGUCCCCUUUGCUUCCAGCAGCACUAGUGGUUGGUCAAUCUGUCACUGCUGGUCGGUUGAGAAAGAAGAAUAUAUUUUGUGUUGACCUACCUCGUAUUCUUAUGGCAGGAAAAGUUCAAUUUUUUUGUUUUGACAAGACAGGCACAUUAACCAAAGAAGGACUUGAGUUUUUUGGCACACAAUCAGUCAAACAAACAGCAUCGGUUGUUGAAUUUGGUGACCAUCAACACAUCAUACAAGGCAUGCCUUAUCUAAUGCAACUAGGCCUGGCUACAUGUCAUGCUGUCACAGCGCUGAAUGGUCAAUACAUUGGUAACCCUGUCGAUAUAGAAAUGUUCAGAUCCUCUCAAUGGUCUUUAAGCCAACAUUCAGAUUAUCUUGAUACACUCAUUUCACACAACAAGGCAUCGAUAGUUCAUGUCAUCAAAAGGUAUGAAUUUGUGCAUGCACGUAUGUCUAUGUCUGUAGCCAUUCUUGACCCAUCGUCAAAUAAAAUCCAUGUCUUUGUCAAGGGUGCUUAUGAAAAAAUCAAAGAUAUAGCUGAUCCUCGCACAAUGCCUAAGGAUUAUGAUGUUGUGGCUUCCCAUCUAGCAAGGCAAGGGUGCUAUGUACUCGCUUUAGCUCAUUAUGAGAUAAACGUCGAUGACCUACCGGGUGGUAUCAAGGCAUGCCUUGAGUGGAAAAGAGAUGAUAUGGAGCGACAUGUUGCUUUCUUGGGGCUGGUGGUAUUCAAGAACCAGUUAAAGCCAGAUACAGCAGAGAACAUUGCACAAUUAAAACAAGGGGAUACGCGUACUAUCAUGAUUACAGGUGAUACAGCUCUUACUGGUGUCUACAUGGCUCGACAAUGUGGCAUGACACAGUCCAUACGCUGUAGAGUCCUUUUAGGAGAUUAUGAUGCGAAUGUAAGACGUGUGGUAUGGACAGAUGUCGAUGAACCCGAACUAUUUCUAGAUGUCAAUGUCGAUGAAUACUUAAUCAACAAGGCACAUACGCCUAUAGAACUUGCUGUCACAGGGAAAGCGUUUCAAUGGCUCAUAGAAGCGGGCACAAUUCGAAACUAUUUGUUGGACAUUCGUGUCUUUGCUCGAAUGACACCUGAGGGUAAAGUACAUUGUGUUCAACUGCAUAUGGAACUAGGCAUUACUGCCAUGACAGGUGAUGGUGGUAAUGAUUGUGGUGCCCUUCGUGCUGCUCAUGUAGGUAUUGCCAUGUCUGAAGCAGAAGCAUCAAUUGUGUCUCCCUUCAGUACGAAUGUGCGUAGUGUUCGUUCUUGUGUUGAGUUGAUUCGUCAAGGCCGCUGUGCCCUUGCUACAUCGAUUACAGCCUAUAAAUACUUGAUUUUGUAUGGUCAAGUCAUGAUGAUGCUUAAGAUCUUUACAUUUUAUCUCAAUGUAUCCCUCAGUGAAAACAUCUGGAUUGCUGUGGAUGUGUUCAUCACUGUUCUUUUAACUUGGGCUGUCUCGCAAUCCAAACCAGCUCAACACCUUGAGCCUCAACGACCUACUGCCCGUUUAUUGGGUCCAGAAACAUUAGCUUCUGGUAUAGGCUUAGUAGCUAUUAACUGGAUCUUUUUGACCAGUGCUUUUUCUAUGCUUUAUCAACAAGAAUGGUUUCGAUGUCAUGAAUUUGAUUCAAGAGCGGUUGAUAUGUCUAAAUGGUGGUUACUGGCUGACAACUAUGAAGGCGAAUUACUUGCACUUGUCUGCCUUUUCCAGUUCAUCAAUAAUGCAGCCGUGUUCAAUUUUGGAUACAAGUUUAGACAAAGCUUUUGGCGGAAUUAUGCCCUUGUAUUUCUAUGGGCAUUGUAUCUUGCUAUUGCUUCUUAUUGGACACUAGCAGAUCCAAACGCAUUUGGUUGUUUGUUUCGCUUCCAAUGCGGUACAAGAGAAGUAUUGGAACAAAUGGGCUAUACACCUCCCUCCGUUUUGAUUGUGCCUUACAACACACCUCUUGGUCAUAAUGUCAUGCCAAGCGAGUUUCGAUGGAAACUAUGGGGACUGAUCCUAGGCAACAUGGCAGCCGCUCUGGCUUAUGAACGCCUUGUCGUCUUGGGACCUGUGCAUCAUUUUCUCGCUAGAAAGUUCCCCGUCAAGAGAUUAAAAAAGACACUGUAA